AUGUCCCCGGAUCGUUCGACACUACAAAGCUACUAUGCCAACAUAUGGGGCAGUGAACUACAAAAGCACCUGGCUGGUGAUAUUGCAGCGGGCACAGUAUCUGCUACUUUUAUCUCCCCUAUCGUCACCAUCAUCGACCGAACGAUUGUUGAACGGCUCGCACUGAAUCGACCUCUAUUGCGAACAUUAGGCGCCAACACAUUCUGCUCCAUCUUCAGGCCUCGAAAGUUCUACGUUUCGAAGCCGUUCUUCAUUGUCUGGUCCCUAUACGCAGCCACAUACUGCACCGCAAAUGUCACUGAAAGCUGCAUUGAGCAUCUCCCCUCACUCACCGACGAGACCUCGACGGCAAAUGUCGCAGCGACGCUCAGCUUCUUGCCCACUUAUGUUGUCAAUGUAUACCUCGGGAUAAUGAAGGAUGUCAACUUUGCGCAAUAUUACGGCCGUGCCAGCACUGCCGUCGCGACCAGUACUCGAGUCCCCCGAGCAGCAUAUAUGUCUCUGCUAUUUCGAGAUAGUGUCACUAUCUUCAGCUCGUUCAACCUGGCGCCGUGGAUGGCCUCGUCCGUCCCCGACUCGGUUGCAACCAACCCGCACACCAAAGCCAUGAUCACUCAGCUGGUUCUGCCGGCUGCCGUUCAGUUUGCCAACACCCCACUGCAUCUGCUCGGCUUAGACCUGAUCGCCCGACCCCAGACCCAAGGAUUAGCGACGAGGUGGAGUCGGGUCCGACGGGACUGGGCUCCAUCAUCAACCGUCAGGGCUGCAAGGGUGUUGCCGGCCUUUGGAGUAGGCUGCAUUAUGAAUACCGAAUUACGAGACCUGUUUCAUCACAGUUAG